AUGUCGCAGUCGUCCGGAAAGGUCAAGGCCAGCCAGCUCUGGAACAAGGACAAGAACGAGUUGACCAAGCAACUCGGAGAGCUCAAGACUGAGCUCGGUCAGCUCCGCAUCCAGAAGAUCACCUCCUCUGGCUCCAAGCUGAACAAGAUCCACGACAUCCGCAAGUCGAUCGCCCGCGUCCUGACCGUCAUCAACGCCAAGCAACGCGCCCAGCUCCGCCUGUUCUACAAGAACAAGAAGUACGCUCCCCUCGACCUCCGCGCCAAGCAGACCCGUGCCAUCCGCCGCCGCCUGUCCGCGCAAGAUGCCGCUCUCGUCACCGAGAAGGCCAAGAAGCGCACCGUCCACUUCCCUCAACGCAAGUUCGCCGUGAAGGUCAGUCGAAUUGGAACCCAUCCGCGGGGUUGA